AUGGAUUCCGAAAAUGUUGAUUCUUCUGAAGAAGGCUUUGAUCAUAACAGUGUUAAUGCCUCAACAUCUCUAAUAUCUAAAGAAGAUAUAAAGAGCAAUAGAAAGAAUGGUGACUCUAUAGUAGUGUGUGAUGAAUGUUUACAAGAAUAUAGUAUUAAUACAUCAAUGGGAGUUUUAGCUAAACAUUUAAAUAAUAAACAUAAUCAUGGUAUUAUUUUAAAAUCAAAAAGAUACUUAUCUUCGAAUCAAAGUCCUUAUAGUAAAGAUAAUAUCAGAUGUAUUGAAGAAUGUGAAAAUUCUAUAUUUGAUUUUUUUGUUGGUGAUCAAAUUUCAUUUAAUACUGCUAAGAGUUGA